AUACCUGCUCUGUUUGAUCAUUGUGGCUUUCAGAUUUAAAGGCAUUUCCACCAACUCUUCUUUUUUUCAGCUGUUCUUGUUUAUUUUCUUAUAAUCACCCCUUAAAACCUCUUGUAGCAUCUGCAUUGUUCUGCUCAUCUAGCUAAAGUGUUGUGUUUGUAACUUUUGUAUAGCUGAUGCCAGUAGCCCCUGUUGGUUUUGUUUCUGUGAAAAUGCAUACUUGUUUUUAGAAAACUUUUGAUUGAACUUUCUUACUGCUUUCUUAGGAUAAAUGGUGGGGUUUUAAAGGUAAUACUCAUUAAGUACGAACAAAUGGUCGAUCUUGCAUAUCUCUGUUCUAACCUUGGUUUUAGGGUUUAAGGUUUUAGCUUUCAUAUUAGUUUUUUAAAACGCUAGAUGAGCUCCUCAAUUUGGUCGUUUUAAUUAAUAAAGUUAGUUCAAAGUCGGUGUCAGGAAUCUGAUAAAUAAAAUCUCAUUUUAUCUUGGUAUAAGAGUUUAUGAUUGAUCUAAUCACUGUUGGUACAUUUCUAUUGUCGUGUUCAUAGGGCUUGAUCCAGCUUUUGGGCUAUUUUGAGAGCCAUUGGGGUCAAAUUGCAUCGCAAACUUAUUGGUUGGAGGUGACUUAAGGGAUGGCAGAGAGGACAAGCAAAACAGGAGGAGAAGUUGUUAUCAAUGUUCCAGAUAAAGGAGAAGCAGCAGCAUCUCAUUCAACAGAUACAAAUAGGAAAUCAUUUUCAAGGUCAGUUUACUCUAAGCCCAAUUCAAGGUUUGCAAAACAGCAGUCUUAUCGAUUCGAUGAGACUGUAGUAGAGGAAAUUGUUGGAACCACCCCUAGGGUUGGUGCAGCAACACUGAAUGAAGUUGAUGAAGAGGAGACAGACGAAAAUGAGGAAAUCUACGAAAAGGUUAAGCUACACCAAGUUAAGCGAAGUGGAAUUAAACUUCGGGCUUUGCUUGAACUGGCAGUGUUUGUUGCCAUCUUAUGCACUUUGGUUGUGAGUUUAACCGUUGAUAAGGUGAACAAGCAUUUGAUAUGGGGUUUGGAAUUUUGGAAAUGGUGUGUAUUUGUUAUGGUGACGCUAAGUGGCAUGUUCAUGACGAACUGGUUCAUGCAUUUAGCAGUGUUCAUCAUAGAAAGGAACUAUCUCCUACGAAAAAAGGUUUUGUACUUUGUGCAUGGUUUGAAGAAGAAUGUUCAAGUCUUCAUUUGGUUCAGCCUGGUUCUUGUUGCUUGGAUAUUUCUGUUCGAGGAAGACAACAAACACUCUCGUAAGACCAAAAAAUUUCUCGACCUUGUAACUUGGACUAUUGUUUCGCUUCUCGUGGGGUCAAUCCUUUUCUUGAUGAAGACGUUUGCCUUGAAAGUACUUGCUUCAAAGUUCAACGUCAGAAACUUCUUUGAGAGAAUUCAAGAGUCUGUCUUCCACCAAUAUGUUCUCCAGACCCUCUCGGGACCUCCGCAUGUAGAAGAAGCAGAGAGAGUUGGGUGCAAGCCAAAGAGGGGACACCUAAGCUUCAUGAGCACCGAGGAUGGAUCGGUGAAAGGGAAGAAAGUGCUUGACAUGGGAAAAGUUCACAAGAUGAAACAAGAGAAGGUCUCUGCUUUGGCAAUGCGAGUUUUGAUUGAAGCUGUGAGAGCUUCAGGUCUCUCAACCAUAUCUAGCACUUUAGAUGAGUGUAUCAAUAGGAGAGGGAAACAUGAUAAAGAAAUAACUAAUGAGAUGGAGGCUGUGGCUGCUGCUUAUGAUAUCUUCAAAAAUGUUGCUCAGCCGAACCGCAAUUACAUAAACGAAGAUGAUCUGUUGAGGUUCAUGAUAAAGGAAGAGGUGGAUCUUGUACUUCCAUUAAUAGAAGGCACCGAGACCGGGAAAAUCACACGGAAAGCUUUUACAGAAUGGGUGAUUAAAGUUUAUACAAGUCGGAAAGCUCUAGGACAUUCAUUGGACGACACAAAAACAGCGGUUAAGCAGGUGGACAAACUAAUAGCUGGAGUCUUGACCAUUAUCACCUUCAUCAUUUGGUUAAUACUUCUUGAUAUAGCAUCGACCAAGUUUUUGUUGGUCUUCUCCUCACAAUUUGUGGGUCUUGCUUUUAUGAUUGGAAGCACUUGCAAGAACAUCUUUGAGUCAUUUGUGUUUGUGUUUGUGAUGCACCCUUAUGAUGUCGGUGACCGUUGCGUUGUCGAGGGUGUAAUGUUGCUGGUUGAAGAAAUACAUCUUUUAACUACCGUAUUCCUCAAGAUUGACAACGAGAAAGUGUUCUAUCCAAAUGCGGUUUUAAUAACGAAAUCAAUAAGCAAUUUCUACAGAAGUCCAGACAUGGGAGAUUUUAUAGAACUCUCCAUUUCAUUUUCAACACCCGCUGCGAAAAUAGCCACUUUCAAGAAAAAAAUUGGAGAAUACUUGGUGAAGAACCCACAUCAUUGGUAUCCAGAACCGAUGUUGAUGGUGAAGGCGAUUGAGAAUGUGAAUAAACUGAAGAUGAAUCUUCUAGUCCAGCACACCAUCAACUUCCAAAAUUUUGGAGAGAAGAAUCUCAGGAGAACCGAACUGUUCAUAGCUAUCAAGGGAGUUCUCGAGGAGCUUGAGAUUGAUUACACCCUCCUUCCUCAAGAUGUUCAUCUCACCAGUCACAAGUGAUUGUUUCUUUGUUUCUUUGUUUCUUUCCAUUUGCAUUUAUUUCACUACUACUUGUUUGUUCACCUGUUUUGCUUCCGUUUGAUAAUUCAACUCUUAAAUCUCGGUUUGGAUUUGUAUUUCUUUUCUGAAGAUACUUAUAUGUAUCCUUUCUUUUUUGAGCGGAAGAUAUACUGCUUAAAAAAACAGAGUUUUCCUCAUUAAUUUGGGCAGUGCAGGCCGUUUGGUCUUUAAGCUAUAAGAAACUAACCUUCGACAGAGAUAAUGAGACUGUAUUACCAUUCUCAACACAAAUAUCUCAAACCUAAAACUAAAAGUCUAUAUUGACACAAGCGUUGAACUUCAACUCAGUAAUCUUCUCCCAUAGGACACGUUCUGCAAACAUUUGUACUGAUAUAUUGACUAAAAUUCUAUUACCAAUAGUACACAAUAGAUUUUUAAGAUUGUAGGUUUUUAUUUGAAAUGGUAAACUUAGGGCUGGACAAAAUAUCCGGAUCCGAAAAGCUAAACCGAAUCCGAUCCAAAAAAUUAGUAUCGAAUCAGAACCGGAAUUGAUUAAAAAUCCCAAUUGAAUCCAAAAUUUUAAUAUCCUAAAAACUGUAACUGAACCAAAUUAUUUUGGGUAACCAAACCUGAUCCGAACCAAAAUAUUUUGGAUAUACGAAGAUAUCUAAAUACUAAUAUAUUAGAUGAUAAUAUGCGCGCAUGCGCGAAGUGAGUUUUUUAUACUAAUGUUUAUUCAUUAAAUGGUUUUAACAUUUUGCAACACUACCAUCGUUAUCGAUUGUAAAAUGACGAAUACAAAUGUUGGUAUCUUAUAUGUAUCAUCGUUGUUGAAGAGUUAACAUUUACAAUCCAUUUUAAUUAUUUUUAAGACUUCAUAUGUACAAAAGAAAAUUAAGUUUUGCGGCUGACAUAAAUCACCAAGACCAGAUAGGCAACAUCGAUUGUAAAAUGACGAAAAAUGAUUAGAUUUUCUGUUCUCGAUUUGUAUACUAUUGAUUCUCCAUAAGUGAUUUCAUUUUCUAUCUCUAUAAAAUUGUUCUUUCGUACUUGUUUCAUUGAUAUGAGUUUUGUUUCUCUUUUUAACUUAUUCUAUGAAUUCGGUGAAUUACGUAAGUGUUAAUUUAAAAAAAAUGGACAUUUGUAAAAAUUAUUUUCACUCCAGAUACAUAUCGAAUAAUUAAAUUUUUGAAGAAAAUUACCGGUAAACUCCAUUCACAUGUUAGUGUUUCAAUCUAAUAUAUCAAACUGUUAUAGAAUGUAAGUGCAGACUCGAAAUAUAAAUAUUUGUGUAGUAUAUAUGUAUACCACUUUGGUAUAAAAAUCAUCUAAUUCUAGAACAACAAAACAAAUUACUUAUUUUAUAAACCAAUGCUUUGAGGUUUAUUUACUUAAGAUUAUACCGAUAAAAAAAACAUAUAUAAUACUUUAUCAUUCUAGUAUAUGUAAAUUAUGUUUAAACUAAGAACUAUUUGGUUUUUUAAAUGAUAAACCCGAAAACUUAU